CUCACAAAACUCACCCGAGCCACAUUAAAGAAGACGCAACCUCACGCUCUGCCGUAAUUCGCGAAGCGUUUGCGUCAGUUAAAUGCUGUUGCGCUCAGGCGCUGUUCUCUGCUUACGCUGUUAGCGUACCGCCCGCUGUUCUCCACGGAGCCUUUUAUAAUAAGUGAAUUGUGUCGGUACCAUGGUACAGUCAGAUGCAGCUGCUGCAGUCAUGGCCACACGCAGGAUCACACAGGAGACCUUUGAUGCAGUGGUCAGAGAAAACACCGAGGAGUUUGACAUGGAGGAGAGCGAAGCUCUGAAGGAGGCCAUAGAGCAGUUUGAGUCUCAGGGUGUGGAUCUCAGCUAUAUUGUUAAAGCAGUGCCCAAAGUCUGUUCUGAAGAAAACACCGAGGAUCAAACCCACAAGGUUCUUCAGGCUUUAGAGUCUCUCAAAGCUGCAGUGGCUUCAUCGUCCGCAUCUGUUCUGGAGGAUCUGAGGGUCUUCACCCAGCAGUGCUCUCUCGGCUUCGCACAGCGAUACCUGGCCGCUCAAAAAGAGGCGUAUCCCACGAUCCUCGCCUGCUGCCAGAGAGCCGCUGGAGAGAAGGAGGCCCUUUCCGUCGCUCUCGCCGCGCUCUCGGCGCUAACAGACGGCCAGCCGGAUCUCCUGGACGUGGAAGGGCGAGAGUUUUUGAUCGGUGCUUUAACCGCGCACCAGACAGACGCCGCUCUCAGCUGUGUGUGUUUCCGCGUCGUGCGACACUGCUGUCUGAAGCACGAGAACAACCGGCAGGGUCUGGUGAAGUCAGGCGUGCUGCCGCUGCUCACCGCCAGCAUCACACGCCACAUCGAGCACCCCGAGGUUGUGAGGGAGGCCUGUGUCGCGCUGAGGGUCAUGACCUUUGACGAUGACGUGCGUGUGCCCUUUGGACACGCCCACGAACACGCCAAGAUGAUCGCGCUAGAGCACAACGGGCUGAAAGUCAUCGUUGAAGCUGCUAAAGCUCACCCAGAGAACACCGCAGUGCUCAGUGAACUCUGUGCCACUCUGUCCCGUCUGGCCGUGAGAAACGAGUUCUGUCAGGACAUCGUAGACCUCGGGGGCCUGACGUUCAUGAUCACACUCCUGGCUGACAGUCUGGAUCGUCAGGAGCUUGUGAAGCAGGUGCUCAGCGCACUGAAGGCCAUCGCAGGAAACGAUGAUGUCAAAGAUUCCAUUGUGAAUGGCGGCGGGGCGGAGCUUAUCGUCAUGGCGAUGAACCGUCACAUGGCCAAUGCACAGGUGUGUGAGCAGGGAUGUGCAGCGCUCUGUGUUCUCGCUCUACGCAAACCCAACAACUGUAAAGUCAUCAUGGAGUGUGGCGGAGCGCUGGCGGCCCUGCAGGCCAUGAAGACUCACCCGGCUGAAGUCAGUGUGCAGGUAAAGCCGUCUGUGCGCUGUCUCGCAUGCAUCAGCAGAUGCGUUUACUCAAAGCGACUUACAUUGCAUUUAAGGUUCAUGCACAAACCCAUAGAGCUACAGGAGCAGGAAUUUCUCUGA